AAUAUCACACUUUCUUUAUUUUCAAAUUUCACUGCAUGAUAAACAGAUAGAAACUCCUAGAAUCAAUGGAAGAGGUAAUUAACUCCAUUCGACGCGCUUCUGAAUUGGUUCAAAACCUUCAACAAGACCUACCCAACUUGGCCAACCAACCAGAGACGCUGUCCCUGUCCAUUGAUCAGAUAACUCAGGCUUUCACUGCUGCCAAGGAACAGCUGUUGCUCAUUUCCCGACACACCCAAACGUCGGAAUCUCCUCCAAUGUUGCUUCAUGAAACCACACCCCACCAGCCUCAGAUGGAUGCUACUCUAAUACAGGAGUGGUUAAGGUCUAGUCAUACAGUAACCAUGGAUCAGUUGUUUCAAAUGCAACUUGCUUCAAUGGCAGCGAGAGAGGUGGAAGAUUCAGAGAGAACCAUGGGAUCUGAAGGAGAUCAAGGGCAGGGAAUCCACGCAUCUUCUUCACGACCACGGAGAAGCAGGGAAGCAAAUCAAGAGAAGAAGAAAAUUCUGGUUCCUGCCCCACAGUUUGGAAACACAGAGAUGCCACCGGAGGACGGUUUCACUUGGAGGAAAUAUGGACAGAAAGAAAUACUUGGAUCCAAAUACCCAAGGAGUUACUACAGAUGCACACAUCAGAAGUUAUACGAAUGCCAAGCCAAGAAGAUGGUGCAAAGACUUGAUCACAAUGCUAACAUAUUUGAGGUAACAUACAGAGGGAAACACACAUGCCAUAUGUCCUCCACAGCACCAUCGUCAGUUCCCCCACAACAUCUUUUGCUCGACAUCACACAAAAUACUAACACCAUUUCCUCUCAAUUGUCUCCGUCAGUCAAUCUCAGCCUCCAUCCCGCUAGUGGCGCCGCCGCCACCACUAGUGGCAGGGCCGGACCCUCCACCUCAAGAUACGGUGCUGAUUAUCCCGUGGUAGAUAUGGCUGAUGCUAUGUUCAACUCUGGUAGCAGCAGCGGCAACAACAGCAUGGAAUUUAUCUUCUCUCCCACGGAAGAUAAAAGUGAUGCAAAUUGAAAACAAGAAGAGGUGAAUAUUGGUUUGGCUUAAUAUUACAUUAUGAAGAAAACAGAUUUAUAUAAUCUUACUUAUUAUUUUAUAAUUUGGCUAAUCCAAUUAUAUAAUUAGUCAAUAAUGAAUUAAUUAUAUAACUUCAGUGGUGAGUUAUUCUAGAAAAAAAAAAUUGCAUUUUUUCUUUUUCUUUGACUUUUCUCAUUUUUCUUCAGAUUUUUCUUUUUUAUAUCAGCCCCGUCUAACUUAUCUCAUAGUUUUCUGUUUUUUUUUCUUUCAUAUGUCUAUUUUCAUUUUGUGCCCUUUCAAAUAUUUUCAUUUUAUUGUUUCAGAAUCUCAAAAAAGAAAUCCUUUUUUUCUAUGAUGUAAAAUUGUAUUAUUUUCAUCUCCGUGGUGGUACGCUAUUAAAUCAUAAUGUAAUAAACAAAAAUAUUAUGCAUUACAGACAUAAUAUUUUUGUCUACCACCCGUGACAUAGAGACCGUAUUGUAAGAGAACAAAUUUAUUUAAAUUAACAUUCUAAUUAAUUUAAAAUAUUAUGUCGUUUAUCGAUAAUAGUUAGAAUAUGUUGUCAUGUAAAUUAGUUGUAAUUGUUUUCCAUACAUCUUCACCAAUAAUUGAAAAAUUAGGAUGACAGCAAAGUAUUUUUUUUUUCCACGGUUUAAACGUGUAAAUGACCCCUAUAAUACCUUUGUUUA